AUGUUCCAACGGACUCUCAUCAGACAAGCCCAGGCUGCUCGGUCGGUUCUGGCUUCCUCCUCCACAUCCUCCGCGCCGUUCGCUCUCCGCCGAACAUCACAGUUGCAAACACGUCUGCCCGCUGCCAUGCGGCCAUUCGCUCCUCAGCCCUUCACCCGUUCCUACUCUACCGAGAACAAGGAGGCCGAAGCUUCCGAAAAUGCAGAGGCUGAGGAUCCCGUCAAGAAGCAGCUCGAGGCGAAGGAGAAGGAGAUUGUUGAGUUGAAGGAUAAAUACUUGCGCUCUGUCGCCGACUUCCGUAACCUCCAGGACCGCACUAAGCGCGAUAUGGACGGUGCCCGCAACUUUGCUAUCCAGCGCUUUGCUAAGGAUCUCCUCGACAGCAUUGACAACCUCGACCGCGCGCUGCUGGCCGUGCCCGCGGAGAAGCUCUCUGCUGCCCCUACUGAGGAGAACAAGGCCCUUCUUGACCUCGUCACCGGUCUUAAGAUGACCGAGAACAUCCUCAUGAGCACCCUCCAGAAGCACGGUCUGGAGCGCUUCGACCCCGGCGAGCAGGUUGACGGCAAGGCCCAGAAAUUCGACCCCAACCUGCACGAGGCUACCUUCAUGGCCCCGUCUAAGGAUCUCGAAGACGGUGACGUUAUGUACACUCAAAGCAAGGGCUUCCGCCUGAACGGACGGGUUCUUCGGGCCGCCAAGGUUGGUGUCGUCAAGAACGCCUAA